AUGCAGAUAGCAGUGAAAAGGCUGAAGGCAAUGAGUGCAAAGGCAGAAAUAGUGGAAGUGGAGGUACUUGGGAGGGUUAGACACAAAAAUUUGUUGGGAUUGUGGGGUUUCUAUGCUGGUGGUGAAGAGAGGCUUAUUGUCUAUGAUUAUAUGCCUAACCACAGUUUGAUCACUCAUCUCCAUGGUCAGCUUGCUGCUGAUUGUUUGUUAGAUUGGCCACGUCGAAUGACCAUUGCCAUUGGAUCUGCCGAGGGACUUGCUUACUGCUAUCAACAGUCUAAUGGACGCAACUCUAGAAAUGAUUUGAAGAAAGUUUCGAUCCCAACCAACGACGCCGUUCUUUCGGAGAUAAAAGUCGCGUUGAAAUACUUCGGCCGUCCAAGCCUUCAGAAACAAGGGAGGACGGCCCAUAUUCUGCUUAAAUACGAGCUGACGUACACGACUUUCUCGGCAGCAGAAAACAUCCUGAUUCCAAGGGGCGAGGAGUUUCCAACAGCUCUUAUUUUGACCAACUUCAGAAACUUGCGCCAAAUCGGCGUCGAAGGAUCCGACUCGAAGCGUGCGGAAGUUGAGGUCGCUGAAGAAUCUGUCCAAUCUGAGGCCGAAGUAGACGAGGCUUUAAAGGUAGCCUUUGAAGAAGCCAGCCUCAAUUCAGCUAACUCUCUAUCCACCUUGGGUAGAGGGGAAGUUUACGAUGACAUCUUUAUCGGACUAGAAGAUCUUCCUGGCGCGUACCCUGAAGAUAUGGCCAGGUUGUCACUCACACAACUCACUAAAAAGGCAAAUACCGAACGAAUGACCGCGUGGCGGAGAGUAGAGGCCAUUCAAGUAGAGGCCAAUCGAUCCGAGGUGCCGCCCGUCACAGAUGUUGAGCCGCCCAUGCCUGUUAUUGAGGAGACGGUUCAAAUAUGA